AGCAUUUGUCCAAACAAUGUUAAAUCUAUGCGACGUGCCCAGGCUUAUGCAAAACAACUCGCCACUGUGGAUAAAGAAGGACGUGAUGAAGCUUUUUUCCUAAAAGGAAUAAAAUAUUUGGGGAAACUUUAUGAUUUCGAUGGGUCUGAAACGUUUGACUUUCUUGGCUUUCAGCAUAUUUUGGACCGUUUGGACGAUGGUUUUGAUAUUGCAACCAAACUAAAAGAAAUAAGUGACAAUAUGCUUUUAUGGAUUCGGUAUGCUUUAAUACUUCAGAGACAGUGUGUGCUCAUCGGUGACAUCACGAAAAUCGAAUCAGAACCAUAUUUUCGUAGUAAUUGCAUCCGCUAUUGUCGUUUGGAUAGUAUAAUUGUGUUAUGCAAUUGCAUUCCAUUCUUCUAUCUUGAUUUGAUGCCGAUUCUGCCAAUUCAACGAAAUGGUAUUAUUUAUCUGUUGUAUUUGUGGGAGCACUCUACAGUUAAAUGGCUGACGCCGCUUUUUACACAUGGUAGAGAUGUGGGUGUAGAAACAGAGUUUGAGAAUAGUUUAUCCUGUUUACACUGUCUACCGUCAUGCUCUCAAAUACAGUAUUCUAUUUCAACGACCAGAUUACCAUUACGAGCAUUACCGGUCCAAACACGAAAUGCAAGUAGAUUAAGAGACACUAAAGAUUUCGGUGACCUUGUGAUGAUGCGAAUAUUUUAUGCUAGGCCAGAUCACUUUUUAUACAGGCAGUACAUUGCAAAAAACUGGUUUGAAUUCAUAAGUGAACUGGGCGGACUGUGCGGCAUAAUUAUUGGAUUUUCCCUUAUAAGUGCUGUUGAAGUGAUCUAUUUCUUGAUUACAAUUGCAAAAAUCCAUUUUUCUGCGAUGAAAAUUUAA